ACCUAUCGCAGUGAAUACUGGAAGCCAAAGAAUUUUAAGAUGGACGACAGCCCCAAAAUUCUGCCGGACAGCUACAGCUCCAAGUACGCCUCGAAAUACGGAGCGUCCAGCAGCACCGCUAAAUGGGACGAGCCCGACACUGUCUACGGUCCCAGCAGCGACAAGAAACCCUAUUCUAAGGUAGAGACUGGGUCCUCUUUCUUCUCGACCUAUGGAUACACCAACCGUAAGAAGGAUUACGUGGCCGAGAAGGUGCGUGACUAUUACUACUUCGGAGACCAGCCCAAGGAUGGCAGCUCAGUUCGCUUCAGCAGACAGGCCAUCACAGAGUCGGAGGCUGUCGAGCCUGACGUGUCGGAGGAGCGCAAAGAGCGACGCAAGAAGAAGAAGUCCAAGGAGCCUGAGGACACCAAGAGCAUUGAGGCUGCACCUGCUGAGCCAUCUGCUGUAGCUGCCGCUGCACCUGAAGCAGCUGCCGAAGCUUCUGUCACACCUGCAGCGGACGCAUCUGAGGGGGCGGCAGCUGAAGAUGAGGUGCUCGAUGAGAAGGAGCGUAAGAGGCUCGAGAAAAAGAAACGAAAGGCUGAACGAGAAGCAGCGGCUAAGGCGGCCAUGGAGGCUGAGCUUGAAGCUCUCGCAGCAGCCGAGGCCGAGUUAGCUAAGCUAGAGGCUGAGGGUGCAGCACUAGCAGGACCUUCCCCAGCUCCUGCUGCUGGGGAUGCAGCCCCUGCGGGUGAGGCUUCUGCUAAAUCCGAAUAAUCUGCAUAGUCUCCCUGUCUCUUCUCCUAUCGGCACGCCUGCUCUCAUGUAAGUAUCGCUAACGCCC